GCGAUAAAUCGUCUGGCGAGGCAGGGGACUGCCCAAAAGGUAAGGUCGAUAUAAGACGAUCAUCUCGCCGUCAACCUCUUUUAAGUUUAUGGUCCCUCCCUUCCCUCUGCUGUUGUCUCGACCUCACACCCUCGUCCUCUCCAUCGACGUUCUUUCUUUUCGUUGCGUAUAUCCAAAGCCAAGAGGGUUAAUAUACCACUCUCUGCUGUUUCGAUUCGUUCCAAGUCACUCUUUGCACCAAGAACCGAGCCUCGAUCGGCCGCCAUCCGUUGUCACUUUUUCAACCUCUCUGGUGAGUGUUGUGCGCCGUUCUUCUUCAAUUCCGGUCCCGUGGCUCGUCUCCCUUUUCCCUACACCCUCCCGAACCACCGGCCUAUUGUCUCGGCUCUUAAUAUCUGGUUCCUCUUGGCUUCUUGGGUUGGUGGCAAUGGUAUCUUUCUCCAAGAGUACCGUGACGUGGGACCUGUCAUCUGAGUCCGGGCGAGUCUGCGUCGAGGGGGUCCCGCCGAGUGAAAGAGACCUUGUCUCGUCUGAAGGGCGAACAAUAGGACAUGAUCCAGGCUUGUGAUGCACAGCGGUCCUUUUAGUCACUGACAACAAUGCUGUUCGUGGAGAGCGGGCCGGUGCGAGUCGACUGUCGGUUAGUCACUGACACUCACGCGCCCUUCAUACUUAAGGUGUGGAUGGUUCGUGAUGUCGAUAUCGAGGGUCAUCAGCUUCUAAGCCCUAUCACACUUUUCAAGUACCCCGGCCUGGUCAAAGAAAACACAAAUA